AUGAUAAUAUCAAUUACUUUAACUUUAUCAUUGUUAUUAUUAUCAUCAUCAUCAUUCUUUAUCGAAGCAGCAAAAGCAUCUAAUCAGUGUGGUUUACCGCCAUUUGUUGAUGAUUUACCGAAUAGCGAAAAGAAGGAAAUUUUAUCAAUUUGGAAAGAUUAUAAAUCAGGCGACGAUUGCACUGAUCAAAGACGCGAAACACAAGAAAUUAUUGAUAAUCUAACAAGUGAUAUACGAGCGGUGUUAUUCGGUCGACCACCGUCGUUUCUCAAAGAUGCGCCAAUUAGUGUGAGAAAGAUGUUUCGAGAUAUUAUGCAUAAUCGAACAUUAAAGCAUGAUGAGAAGAAACAAGAAUUAAACAAUCUGGCGGUACAAAUUUUAAAUCAAAAACAGCUUGCCGAAUUUAGACGAUAUCUGGAGGAGCGUGAACAUCAAAAGAAGGAAUUUGAGAAUAAGGUGAAUAAUCUUUCACCAGCAGCCAAGGAAGUUUUUCAUAAAUUAGAACGUUUGAAAGCUGAACGAGCUAAAAUUAUGGAUGUCAUGACUGAUGACGUGCGGAAAGAAUUACGCCAAUUAUUUCGCAGAUCAAAAAAUUAA